AUGAAUUUGUUAGAAAACGUCAACGACACAGUAAACGCAAAUUUCAACACGCGGUUGGAAGGUUUAACGCUCACUGUGGCGGCUAUUUGGGAUCCCGGGUACGUUUCCAUCGAAGGGGAAGCGGCGCCGACGCGAACGAGAGACUAUCCGGACGUGUAUUGUACCGAUUGCGGAAGUCAAUUAUCGGGGUAUAACUUUGACGUUUUCGAAAAGAUGGCGUCGCUUGGGAACUUUAAAACGAAUUGGACGAUAUUCGGGGACGUGGAUUCGAGCAGAGGAGAAACGUACGAGCAAAUGGCUUUGAACUUCACUCGAGACUUUGACGUGAGCGGACAGUGGUGGUCGGAUACGGCGAGAAGGCGCUCCAUCGGCGUCUCUUGCGGAUAUUAUCACACGGACGUCACUCGAAUGCUCACCGUGCUCGAAACUACCGGUUCAGAUACCUUCUCGCUGCUCAUGCUUUUCGCUCCGUUUCAGUCAUACAUUUGGUUGGUGCUAUUCGCGGCGUUUCUUUUGGUUUCAACCGCGUUGGUGUACAUCGAGCACGAUUUUCACACCGAUUCGAAGCGAGUAAAUUUUAAAGACGAGUUGUGCCGCUCGUUGUGGAACACUUGGUGCCGAUUUGCGUGCGGAGGUGAUGCUCACGAUCCACGCACGCAUUUAGGUCAGCUCGUUCAAGGCUCCUACGGAUUUCUCCGCUUAAUAGUUGUUGCACUGUACGGCGCGAGUUUAACUUCUAUUCUCAUCGAGGACGCCAAUACUUCCGGUACGAUCAAAACGAUGAGCGAAUUGCGCGCCGCCGGUGGUAAAGCGAUAAUGUUUGAGGGCGAUCCGCUCAAGUCACGCAUAUUAGCGCAAAACCCUUGGCUCAUCCCGGAAGAUGUUUCUAGGGGUGAAAUCUUAAAUACCACCGAUUUUCGCGCUUUGCUCGAUAAAUACGGCUCACAGGUGGUCAUUCUUUCGGCGCCGGACGCGCUGACCGUGGCGCAGAAUUCAGAUCUCUGUGACGUCAUAGUCUCCGGCGUGGCCAUAUCCGCGGGAGGAGGAUUCAUUACGAGUUACGAUGAUUGCCUUUCGGAUUUAAAUUUUGUUUUUGAUUCGCUCCUGAUGACCAUGGAGUCCGAUGGAACGCUCGAUUACAUCACGGCUUCCUACGCGAAUAAAAAAUGCACGUCCGUGAUCAAAACGGAAAGUCCAAAAUCGAAGUAUCAAGUUGGCUUAUUUCGCAUUUCUGGCAUCUUUGUUCUCGGAAGUGCCGUGUUAGUUGGUGUUAGCGUGCUCUCAAAACUGCAUCAAGUUGCGGAUGGCGUCGCUUCAAAAUCUCGCGCAAAGGAAAGCGGACAAACUGAAGGAUGA